UCGUCUAUAUCAGUUGUGUUAGUGUACGACCAAAUACUUUGGUCGUUCUGACGUAUCUAUAUGCUUUAUAUCAUGCUUUCGGAGCACUACCGAAUAAUAUGCAAUCACUUAAGAUGGUCAGGGGUGUAGAAGCUGUGUCCACAUUGUUUUGGAUAGUUUUGUUGAGUAUAUUUCCAGGGAUUCGAAUGAGUAUCAACCUAAAGAAUCUGUUGAAAUUGAAUGGAACCUCUGUGAAUCCAAAUUACCCUUUGUCUGGCACAACAGACGGAAAUUACGGCCCUUUUGCUCGAAAUAUUUGUAUGGCCUCCAAUGGGGCAAACAUGGUCUGGUGGCGAGGGACUUUACCUUCUAAGGCAAGAAUACAGAAAAUCGACAUCGUGUUUAGAAUUGCAGCUCGUGCCGAUGGCUUUGCCUUGUGGAUAUCAAACGAUACAGGUAUACCGUCUGGUAUCAAAUGUUACGAGGAUGUGGACGUCGGCGUCCCAAACUUAACUCAAAACAUCACCUCGUGUAACAGAACCGGUCGGAGAGUGAUGAUAAUCAUCACAAGGACAGCACCAACACUAGCGUAUAUGGACGUGUGUGAGGUCGAUAUUUACGGUUGUUUUACAUAUAAAUAUGGUGACCAGUGUCAGUACACUUGUACCCACUGUAAACACGGCUGUGACCCUGACAAUGGAGUUUGUGAUUUAGCACACUGUAAUGCGGGAUGGACUGGACCACGGUAUUGUGAUCAAGCUUGUUCAUCAGUUACAUUUGGGGAGAACUGUGUUGAGGAAUGUCAUUGUAAGACGCCCGGAUGCAACGGAGUGACCGGACUCUGUCACACACAAGGAUGUCAUGCUGGUUACCAUGGAACCAGUUGCAGUCAAGGUUGCUCGAUCACAACGUUUGGAGAAAACUGCUCAUCCAUGUGUCACUGUGAAACUCCUCGUUGUGAUUCAGGUACAGGUCAUUGUAUCGUUACCGGGUGUGCAGCUGGCUGGAAGGGGGAGUCAUGUGACACACAAUGUUCAGCAAACACUUUUGGCAAAGACUGUCUCCUAACAUGUCAUUGUAAGACACCCGGAUGUAACCGUGUCACUGGAAUCUGUUUCUCAUCUGAUGGUUGUAGCGACGAAUACAUUGGUAGCUCGUGCAGUAAAACCGCUUUCCACGAACUUUAGUAACAACAUGGCUAAGAGGAUCGAUGAAGAUUAUGGGUAAGAUUGAUAGUUACCGUCACGAUAUCAUUGGGGAAUAUACUAUUCCUUUAUGACAUAUGAAGGUCGAUGCUAUUUAUUAUGUUCAGUAAGGUGCCUUUUUGUUUCGCCGUCACGGUCCCGGUUAUCGCUAUGAAGACGUGACUUUAAUUGGAUUUGAACUAGAUUCUCAUGGCAGGUGUCGUCGAUAAAGCAAAAGACGCUUACCCUUCCGGAAAUCUUCCUAUUGAAGAGUCUCCAUGUAAAAAAUGUUUGUUCAUAUUUUGCCUCAGGUUUAUUGCUUUUGAGUUCUAAUUGCGGUUUUCUUGACCCGUGUGUUUGUUCUGCAUUCUGCAUUGACAUCCUAAAUUUUUAAUGAUUCCCAUACCACUGACAAAAGCUGUAACUAUACACUGAAAACCGAUUUUCCCGACAUAACUUGCGAUAAAUGAUUUCUGAAAAGAAACCAUACCUUGCGGGAUUUUUAGGAAAACUAAUAGAGAGGAU